AUGCUGUUCUCCUACACCCAUCCGCCACCAACCCAGACGGGGGAGUGGGCCAAUGUUGUCAUGGAAGCGAUUUUUGCAAGCUCGGGCCCUGACGGGCCACAAUUGAGAUAUCUGCUAGGUUUCCAACGCAAAAUUGAAUCGUGUGUUUGUGGCUUGUUUGCGUUGCUGCUUGACCGUCAGCCGGCAACCUCUCUCACAGACGUCUGUCUGGCGAUUGACUUCUUGACUCUUCGAGGCACCAGCACCCCUGAACCCAUCUGGACCCGGACACAUGCUCUGAUCCUAGACACCAUCACCGGCACGCAGGUUCCCUCGGAUACAACCAUUGCCCAAGCGCUGCGCUUGGAUUUCUUCUCUUGGCGAUCGGCAAACUCACUACCCAUUAUUCCAUGGGUACCGAUUGGCAGGGGCGGUUACAUGAAACCAGCUGAAGUGUUGUCUUAUCAAGAAUACAUCGCUGGGAAAGAAAGGUGA